AUGACAACUCACUCUUUGUUAUCGUCUACAUACUUCUUACAAGUUGUCUACUUUAGGAAGUGUGAUGGUAGGCUCAUGUCUCUUCGGCAUCACAACACAUCAUUUGGCCCCCCUUACAAGUCAAUCCAAGCGAAUGACCAAGAAAACUCCUCACAAGAAAAUUUCAGCAAUGUGCAAGGGUCUGCAGCGUGUUUGAUUUUUAGAAGACAAAUCACUCAAAAAGCUCUGCCUGACCACUUUUUGGUGCAGAGAUGGACUACCAUCUUCUCAACUCUUCUAACCUCUUCACAAAACACACAGAACCCUACACUCUCCUCCACUUCCCUUCUUCUUCCCUGCCACCACCACCACCUCUCCUCCCCAUCACCGCCGCCACCACCUCUCCUCCCACAGCCCCUUCGUGCUGCCGCCACCACCACUCCUCCCCCGAACCGCCGCCGCCAACACCUCUCCUCCCACACCCCCGUCGCACCGCCGUUCGUCUCCUCCUACAGGCCGCUGCCACCACCACCUCUCCUCUUCAUAGAUAUCUUGCACCGGACAGUUGGUACGAUCUUCACUUCUACCAUGAUGUGGAGCACGAAAUCUUGCCAAUUUGAAAGAAAACCUAAACAAAUCGCCUUAGAAGUUCACGACGACGAUGAUGACGGAGAUGAUUACCACAGGCCAUCGGAUCUCUCCGAUUCAGACCGGAGAUUCUCUCUCAAUCACCGUCGUUCCACUUCACCAGUCGCCAAUGGUCUCGAUUCGGCUUAUUCGUCUUCAGAGACUGAAAGGUUUGGUCCAACUCUUCUGCUACAGAUGUGGUCCGCAGACUGCAGACAUUUCACCUCUGAAAAAACAAACAGCACCUUAAUGGUUCAAAGCAAUUUGUGAGUGUGAUGGUGUUGGGUUGGGGGUAAUGUGGCCUUUUAUGGUGCACUCACAUCACCGAGAGCCACGUUUAUGUUUUUAAAGUUAAUGCUUUAAAAAAAUUUAUGUACUACAAAUUUAUACAACUUCUAAAAAAAUUGAACCCUCUCAUAAUAGACCAUAUGUGGUCGCCAACACCGCACACCCAUGGUGUCGGUCAUGGACACGAUCUAAAACAAGAUCAAGAAGAACUUUUGGAGCAUUUUUUUAGUUACCGUUUUGUUCCAUACUCUUUCACAUUUAAAGAAGAAUGCAAAGAAAAAAAAAGCCAUGAUAAAAAAACAUGGGAUCUUAGGCCAGUGUUAUGACAAAUAAAUGGAACGGACUAUAGAAACUCAGGUAUAUGUAUCUGACAUUUGGGUCGGUUGCUAUUCAACGGGUUUUAAAUUUGGGCUGCUACCUGGAUAUUGUUCAGGUGCCUACCCCACUUCUGCAUAGGCUGAAUGGGCUUGGGUUAUUGGUUGGGCCGCAUCAAUGCCCCCGACUCGACUAUUCUUUUUCUUUAUAAGAGCAAUUGUUUUAUACCAAACGUUGCACUUGCAAGAAUUUAAACCCACACCACACUAAUAAUCACAUCGUCCUUGAUGUAUUGUUGUAGUCUCCACAAUAAAACCAAAUAAUAACAUUGUUAAUUAUAGUUGACUACAUCCCUCUACACGAAAUCACUUCAGUGUCCUACUAGGUGGGUAUUUCAUCAUAAGCUUGCCUCAAAUUUCUUGUGCCCUUCACACAUGUCGUACUCUUGGGUUUGCAAGUGGUCCUCCAAAGCAUGAUUUAUCAGCAAUAAGAGGUUGCGGGUAGGGUUGCAAACGAAUCGAACAAAAACAAAAAAAAGGCCUUGUUCGUGUUCGUUCGUUAAGGAAAUAUGUGUUCAUGAAUGGUUCCUGAACACUUAUCGAACAAGAUAAGUGUUCGUGUUAGAUCAUCAAGGAAGUGAAGGUGUUGACGAACAGUUCAGAAUUGAAACAAAACGGCGAAAACAACAUAGGCUAGAGGUGGAUGGCGGAGGAAGCAGUGGUAGAACUUGAAGCCAUAAUCGUAAUCGUGAAACGGAGGUCGAUAGUGUUUGUCAGUGUGAAUAUUGAGGAAUAAAUGGGAGCAGUGUAAAAACAAGGUUUCCUAUUUUAAUUGAUUGGAUAAUCUAUUAUGUAUUUCUAUUAUAUAUAAUAAAUGAAAGUAUUUGGGCUUA